AUGACCCCUCGAUUUACUCCCGUCACGGCGCCGAAUGCACCUGCCCCGUUACCGCAAUUCUCAGCUGCUGUUACAUACAACGGAUUAGUAUAUUGUUCUGGGAAUAUUGGAAUCAAGCCUGGUCAGGGCCUCGUCGUUGUUGAAGGAACCGUCAAAGACAGGGCUAUCCAAGCGCUUUCCAAUAUCAAGAACAUUCUCGAAGCCGCCGGCAGUUCUAUUGAAAAUGUUAUCAAGAUGAAUAUCUAUCUUACCAAUAUGGACAAUUUCACACUCCUCAAUGAAGCUUAUGAUAUGUUUUUCACCCAAGACAUUAAACCGGCUAGAACCUGUGUAGCUGUCUACCAGUUGCCACUGGGAACUGAUGUUGAGAUUGAGUGCACCGCAUACCUGAAUUAG